GUCGCCUGGAGGGUCGCCCCGCCGCUGCCAAGAGGGCCAAACGUGUCGCCCGCCCUUCUUCCUCAUGGCCGUCGCCCUCCCAUCUUCCCCCGGCAUGGAUCCCGCCGCCGGUAAUGGCUUCCUCCGCCUCUGAUCCGGUUCGCCGCCUCCCCUACACCGCCAUGGGCGCAACUGCGCCAGAUCGCCGUCCCCACCCGUCGCGCCACCCACCACCAUCCGGUGUCCACGUGGCCGAACCGCCGUCGUGGCUCCUCAAUGCCGUCGGGCGCCCCUCUGGCCGCGCCACGACCGUCGGGUGCCCCGCGACUCGGUUGCCACCCUGCCUCGUGAAGCUCCCAGGCGGAUCCCCUGUUCCCUGCCACCACCACCACCAGAGAGGACGGAGGCAAGCAACCCCUAUCCCCGAUCUUGUAAGUGACUCCAGCAACCACUCGGGAUUCGGCCUCCAGAGCCCUCGUGCCGCCGGCGGUUAACUCUGGGCGCGCGCUCCGCGGCACCUCCUCCGCCUGCUAUCCUUCCGUUUUUUUUUUCAAGAUUUUCCUUUUUGCAGUCGAUAUAAUUUUCGUUUUUCCAUAUUUUCUAUGGAGAGAACAUGGGAAUUUUUUUCUGGCUGAUCGGUUGGUUGCCUUUCAUAUAAUCUCACGUGUUCUUGUUUUCGUCUGUUCGAAGUUGUAGUAGAGAACUCUAGCACCGUGCUCUGUUGCUCCAUGGUUCUGAGCUCCAGUCACCAUCAGCUCGACUUGGGAGGAGGUUUCUGGCCGGAGUUGCAGUCCAGUACAGCUAGUCCUCCGCCCUUCCCCUACCUCCGGCAGGCUCGUGGAUGAAGGUUUUCCAAAUUGUUCACAAGAUUGUCUAUAUCAUGUUUUUGGUUGGAUUUUAGAGCAAUUUGCGAGGAUUGCUUCUUGUAAAUUUUGUUCUGAAUCUUUUUGGCUGCAGGGUUCAUGAUUUCCAGAUUUGAAAACAGUAGAGUUAUUCAUGAUGGUAUGAGCACACAUUUAGUUGGAGGUGGAGACGAGAAAAGGGCCUUCAUUACAGAAGUAUUUUUGGAUCCGGGAUUUGCUUUGGCUCCUUUCUUUUACUAUAUAGAAUUUGCGGACCCUCCCAGGGAAUUGGGUCAAUGUUAAAUAUUUUUGUAUUUCCGUUCUAGAUCCGUCUUCAAAUAAAUUGUAAACUUCAUAAGAGAAAAGUUAUGUUAAUUAUCAAGUAAUGUUGUUUGAUCAAGAUGCCAUGCACAUAAGUUUUUUACUUUUUUUACACAAAGGUUCUUUCGCUGUGUGCUAGCUCAU